UCGAGGGCGUCCAUUUGGCUUGGGAUUCUUAUCUCCCUCCACCCAGCCAAUCUUCUGAAGCUGUCAGACCGCAGAUGGGGGGUGGGGGGAAUCUCCGAGACAAAACCGCCUUCUUCUGCCAGGUGGCCUCUUUGGGUUGCCGGAAUCCCCUUCCCACACCAGCUGAGGAGUCCUCGGGGGUCUGGCUCUUAGGUCUGCCCACUCACCUGGCAUCGCAAGCUGGGGAUGGCUUCUGCUAAGGCCAUCUGUUCUGAGGGCACAGAGUCACUGUGUUCCCAGGAUUCCUGAGAUGAGAGUGCAAGGAGGUGGGCCUUGUGAACCCAGAAAACACUCAAAAUGUAGAACCAGUCUGGGCCCUGCGUAACCUUGGACCAAUCGCUUCUCUUUCCCCCAUCGAUUGAUGGUCUUGAGGGGGCCUCCCAGCUGGGGCGCAGGGUAUGGCCAGAGGAGAGGAGGAGGGGUGGAGAGCAUCAAAGAACCCGGGCAGCAAAUCAGGAUGACAUUCCCCAGCCUCUACCCUCUUCUGGGGAUAUCUGGGGCAUAUCCCAAGGAAAGAUGGGGCCUGUGCAGAGUCAGUGUGGGAAGAGAAGGGUUAUGUACCAGGCCAGAGGCCAUGCGUGAUGACAAUGUCUUGGGUGUUUGUAACCCAAAGCCCCACUCCUGUCCUUGUCCUUUCUUCCUACGGGAGUUAGAGAACUUCCUGUCUUGUCGGUGGUGACCACUGCUUGUGAGCUUAAGUUGGUCUUCAGAUCCUAUCCCACUCCCUGCUUCCCUCUGAGUGUAUGACCACGGUGCUCUAGGGGUAGGGUUGGGUGGGGUGCCCCAGUCCACGCUCUUUUUCUCUUUGAAUUCCAUCUAUGAAGUCCAAUGUCAUUAUUUCUGAGGGGGUGGGGUGGAAGUGGGGGACAGGGACAGCAAGCUCCACCCAUCCGGGAAACCUCAGCUCAGUCUUCUGAGAAACUCCCAAUCUAACUGACCAACCCUUAAAGACCAGAGAAGAAAAGUGUGGAAGUCAUGGCCAUGGUGAUGGUGGUGGUGGUGUGUGUGUCUGUGUGUGUGUGUGUGUGUCUGUGUCUGUGUGUGUCUGUGUGUGCGCACACGUUCAGGCAAAGAAUUCCUGUUCAUUGAGUGAAGAAAUGAGAUUAGGGACCCCUGAGGAAAAAGGAAGGGAAAACAGCAGGGCACUUCAAAGAAUGGGAAUCUAAUUAGACACAUGGAUCCCUGGGCCCGGUACUCACUCGUCCUCCCCUGGCCAGUAGAUGAGAGAGUGUCUAGCUGUCCCCUACUCUGACAAGCAGUCAUCAUCUCCACCAGAGCCUUUGCCUCCCUGGAAGCUGCUGGGCCAGAUAGAACCAAAAGCAUCUAAAAGGAUGCGCGUCAGAGGGCUUCCGCCAUUCCCACUCCUACCCCUCCCUCAGAACCUCUCGAAGUUCCUGGCUUUCCUGAGUCUGUUGACCCUCGUGCUGCAGGAGGCAGGGGCAGCCUCUCUCCUAGGAGAGAGAGAAAGAGAAGAGAAAAUCCCUGAGGAAGGUGACACUGAUGCGUCCCUACAUGUGGGGAACCACACCCUGAGCACAGAGGACUACAGCGAAGUCAUUGACCUGAGCAGCUAUGAGGAGCUUGCAGACUAUGGGGACCAGAUCCCUGAGGCUAAAAUAAGCAGUCCGACUCUUCCAACAAGAACUAAUCCCACUAGCACUGUGACUCCAAGGACUUUGUCGCCACAUCUCACAAUGGCUGGACCUACCACCACUGGCCAACUGAACUUCCAGAGCAGUCAUGACCUGCCUACCUGCCUGGUCUGUGUGUGCCUCGGCUCUUCUGUGUACUGUGAUGAUGCAGACCUGGAGACCAUUCCUCCCCUUCCCCAGAUGACCACCUACCUGUACGCUCGCUUCAACCACAUCCGCCACAUCCAGGCUGGAGACUUCAAAGGGCUGACAAAACUGAGAAGGCUCGACCUCUCCGGCAACUCCAUCUCCUUCAUCCAUAGCGAUGCCCUCCGCCUGCUGCCUGCCCUGCAGGACCUGAUCCUUCCAGAGAACCAGCUGGCAGCCCUGCCUGUGCUGCCCAGUGGCAUCGAGUUCCUGGAUGUCCGCCUGAAUCGGCUGCAGAGCUCAGGGAUACAGCCUGAGGCCUUCGUGGCGCUGGAGAAGCUGCAGUUUCUCUACCUGGCAGACAACCUGCUGGAUUCCAUCCCUGGGCCUCUGCCACUCAGCCUGCGCUCCCUGCACCUGCAGAAUAACAUGAUCGAGACCAUGGAAAGCGACACCUUCUGUGACACCAGGGAACACAGACAUGAGCGCCGGCAGCUAGAAGACAUCCGCCUGGACGGGAACCCCAUCAAUCUGAGCCUUUUCCCAGAGGCCUAUUUUUGCCUGCCACGGCUCCCCGUGGGCCGCUUCACCUAGCUGCCACCUGUCUUCUCUUUCCAGACUGUGCUCAGGGGCUCACUGAGAGAGCAUUAUCUCCCUGCACCUAAGAAGUUAUCUGCAGCCCAAGUUCCAGGCAGCCUGUGAGCCUCAGUUACAAAGUUUCACAACACACACACACACACACACACACACACACACACAGAGAGAGAGAGAGAGAGAGAGAGAGAGAGAG